AUGUUGUCUGAGUUGGAAAGAAGACCGGUUAUUGGUAAUAACGAGGGGUAUUAUGGUGAUGAAUUGGAGAAAGAGAUAGGGAUGUUGCUUCGUGAUCAACGGCAACAAGUAGGUGAUGAUCGCAAUGAUCGCAAUGAUCGCGAACGAGAGCUUAAUGUAUAUAGGAGUGGAUCAGCUCCACCUACUGUGGAAGGUUCUUUGAGUGCCGUUGGAGGGUUGUUUGGUGGCGCCGGUGGCAGUGGUGGCAGUGGUGCAGCUGGGUUUUCUGAUUUUCAUGGGACGAAAGAUGUGAAUGGAGUUGUUUCUGAGGAAGAGCUUAGGUCGGAUCCGGCGUAUCUUUCGUAUUAUUAUUCCAAUGUGAAUUUGAAUCCUAGACUUCCACCUCCUUUGUUGUCAAAAGAGGAUUGGAGGUUUCAACAAAGGCUGCAAGGUGGAAACUCAGGUGUAGGUGGAAUUGGAGAUAGGAGGAAAGCUAGUAUCACCGAUGAUAAUGGUGGUAGGGCAAUGUUUUCGACGCCGCCGGGUUUUAAUUUUAGGAAGCAAGAAAGGAGUGAGGUGGAUACUGAAGUACCAAGAGGCUCUGCUGAAUGGGGUGGUGAUGGUCUUAUUGGUUUACCUGGAUUGGGACUUAGGAACAAACAAAAGAGCCUUGCAGAAAUUUUUCAGGAUGAUAUGGAGCAUAACACCUCGAUCUCAGGCCUUCCUUCUCGUCCAGCAAGUCGUAAUGCAUUUGAUGAAACUGUUGAUGUCUUAAAUACUUCUGAAGCAGAGUUGGCUCACGUUCAAGGUUCAGCUGCAACACAAAAUAUUGGUCUGCCAACUUCAUAUUCUUAUGCUGCUGCUCUAGGAGGAUCUUCACUGUCAAGAAGCACUACUCCUGAUCCACAACAUGUUGCAAGGGUUCCUAGUCCAUGCCUCACGCCUAUUGGUGGAGGGAGAAGUGUUGCUUCUGACAAAAGAGGUAUUAUCAGUCCAGAUGCAUAUAACAGUGUUUCAUCUGGCAAGAAUGAGUCAGCAGAUCUUGUGGCUGCAUUGUCAGGGAUGAACUUAUCAGCAGGUGAUGAAAACCAUCUGCCAUCACAGGUUGAAUCAGACGCCGAUAAUCAUCAGAGAUACCUUUUUGGUAUGCAGGGUGGUCAAGAUCAUGGCAAGCAACAUGCAUAUCUAAAAAACUCUGAAUCAGGGCAUUUGCAGAGUUCGGCUAAGAUCAGGAGUGGAUCAGAUCUCAAUAAUCUAUCUCUGCAUCGGCAGGUUGAGCUGCAAAACUCCUCUGCUCCUUCAAAUAACUCGUAUUUCAAAGGAUCGCCUACCACCCAUUUUAGCGGAGGAGGUAAUUUGCCAGCUCAGUAUCAGGGUAUUGAUGGUAUGAAUUCUUCAUUUACUAACUAUGGUGUAAGUGGUUAUGCCGGAAAUCCUGCUUUGACAUCCUUGAUGACUAACCAAUAUGGCACCGGUAGUUUGCCACCCUUGUUUGAAAAUGUUGCUGCUGCAUCAGCAUUGGCAUCGCCCGGAAUGGACUCGAGAUUUCUCGGAGUUGGUUUGGCUUCUGGAGCUGGUUCUCCAUCUGAUGUGCAUAGCCUUGGUCGGAUGGGAAAUCAAAUUGCAGGGGGCGGUCUUCAGGCCCCGUUUGUUGAUCCUAUGUAUCUUCAGUACAUGAGGACAUCUGAAUAUGCUGCAGCACAACUUGCCGCUCUUAAUGACCCCUCUGUGGACAGGAACUACUUGGGCAAUUCAUACAUGAAUUUACUCGAGCUUCAGAAAGCUUAUCUUGGGUCUGUCCUCUCGCCUCAAAAGUCACAAUACAAUGUACCACUGGGUGGUAAAUCAACCAACUCCAAUCACCAUGGUUAUUAUGGAAAUCCAGCAUAUGGGGUUGGAUUGUCUUAUCCAGGAAGUCCAAUGGCAAACUCUGCUUCUCCAGUUGCGUCUGGAAGUCCCAUCAGACACAACGAUCUAAACAUGCGUUUUGCUUCUGGAAUGAGGAACUUAGCUGGGGUCAUGGGACCUUGGCAUGUAGAUACUGGGAACAUGGAUGAAAGCUUUGCUUCUUCUCUGUUGGAGGAGUUCAAGAGCAAUAAAGCCAAGUGUUUUGAGCUCUCUGAAAUUGCUGGACAUGUAGUUGAAUUCAGUGCGGAUCAAUAUGGGAGCCGAUUUAUCCAACAGAAGCUUGAAACAGCAACUACAGAAGAAAAAAACAUGGUUUAUCAGGAAAUCAUGCCGCAUGCUCUUGUUUUGAUGACUGAUGUCUUUGGUAAUUAUGUGGUUCAAAAGUUUUUUGAGCAUGGACUUGCACCCCAGAGAAGAGAAUUAGCCAACAAGCUUCUUGGCCAUGUCCUGACACUCAGCCUUCAAAUGUAUGGUUGUCGGGUCAUCCAGAAGGCCAUUGAAGUUGUUGAUCUGGAUCAGAAAAUAGAGAUGGUUCAAGAGCUUGAUGGUAAUAUCAUGCGCUGUGUACGUGAUCAGAAUGGUAAUCAUGUCAUUCAGAAGUGUAUUGAAUGUGUCCCAGAAGAUGCAAUUGACUUCAUUGUUUCAACAUUUUUUGAUCAAGUUGUGACACUCUCAACCCAUCCAUAUGGUUGUCGUGUGAUACAAAGAGUACUGGAGCACUGCGAAGACCCUACAACGCAGCAGAAAGUUAUGGAUGAGAUUUUAAGUUCUGUCAGUAUGUUAGCUCAGGAUCAGUAUGGCAACUACGUUGUUCAGCAUGUACUGGAACAUGGGAAGCCUCACGAGCGUUCUACUAUAAUAAAGGAGUUAGCUGGGAGGAUAGUUCAAAUGAGUCAACAAAAAUUUGCCUCCAAUGUUGUGGAGAAAUGCUUGACCUUCAGUGGUCCUUCAGAACGCCAAAUACUCGUCAGUGAGAUGCUUGGAACCACAGAUGAAAAUGAGCCUCUUCAGGCAAUGAUGAAAGAUCAGUUUGCAAAUUAUGUUGUCCAAAAAGUGCUAGAAACAUGUGACGACCAUCAACGGGAGCUGAUUCUUUCGCGAAUCAAAGUUCAUUUGAAUGCAUUGAAAAAGUACACCUAUGGAAAGCAUAUUGUUGCGCGUGUAGAGAAACUCGUUGCUGCUGGAGAAAGAAGAAUUGCUGCUCAGACUCCUCAACCUGCUUAG